GGCCGUUUCACAUGUCCGCCUAUCGCGUCACCUUGUGCCCGGCGACUGAUGCGAAUGCCGUCGACGCUUACCCAAAGCACACCCACACUCUCGCGGAUUGCAAGUGAAGGCAGCAAUGGGUCGCUCAACACUGCCUUGAAUGCCUUGCCUGACACGAAUUCGCGACGCAACACAUUCAUCAAGUGCAGAUGUAGCAGCGACGCUAUGGCUGGAGGGAGCCUGUCGUCCAAGGAUCCAGAAACCACCGCAAGCUCCGCGAGGUGCCCGCUACAUGAUGUCGUGUACAUGCAUUCACUUCCCGUGGACCGACCCAAGCUCGCGUGUAUUCCGCCACAAUCCAGCAUCAGAGCAUUGCCGCCAUUUAUCCUAGGAGAAGUGGUGUACCUCUAUGGAGGUCUGCCCCAAACACCUGUGUUGCACGCUUCGCCACGAAGCACCCCAGCGAUACUUGUCUUGCACAAAGAUGCCCACGACAAAUGCCUUGUCACCGUGGUGGAGGACGACAGGUACCAAAUUGACGGAACUUUUUCCGUUCAAACGGAGGGUGGUAUUGUCUACCACGGCAUUUCUGGGCUGCGGUUGGAGCCGACGGGGACAGCCAUCGAAACUCCAAGAUAUGUAGACACGUUUGUGCACAACAUGGGUCGAAGGGGAAUCGGCCUCAGACUUCGCGAUUUGUCGACGUACAUGCCCCACCAACUCGAGCAUACCCACAUCUUGACCAUGCUGGAGAAGUACUCGAAGCUCAUUCGGCUCAAUUACGAGUCAAACCGCAACAUGGCCGUGAUUCUGUCGCGGCGGGCGACUUUGUAUGCUGCGCUUGGACACUACAGCGAGUCCCUUGAAGAUGCUGAGCAAGCGAUACGCUUGGAGCCGAAUUUUACAACCGCAUAUUUUCGAAAAGGCUAUGCGCUGUGCAGCUUGGGACGAUAUGCCGAAGCAUGCGUCGAAUUUCGAAGGGGACUCGAGUUCGAUGCUUGCUGCCCGCACUUGAGGCACGCACUGCAAGUCACGAUGAAUUCGCUGCAUCUGAAACCAACCGUGGGAAAUGUACAAUUGUGAGUUGAAAUUGGCAUGUCAGCUGCGUGGUGUCAAAAGUACUCGGACCUUGGUGUUAUCGUGAGCAUUAGAUACAUGUCGAACAUACGUGCCCUGUAGCAUGUACUUCUUUCCUGGCGAAUGAAAUGAUUUUAACAUUGUGCUAUCUUGAACUUGAGGACAAUUCACCCCUUCAAUUUUAUAUACUA